CUGGAUAUUGCGUAAUCAGAAAACCACACACAUAUUUAAGUAUCAUACCUUCUCUUUUUACCUUAAUUUGGAGCCGAAAAAAUGUUGAGGCAAUUGGUUAAGAAGGAACAGAUGAUGCAAAUCUUCAGUUCAUCUUAUGACAGUGCAGUCAUGAAGCGUGUUUUAGCGACACAUGCACCCGAUGGUCGCCAAGUUGAUUUGGAACCACUUCUUGCUGCCAUUGAAGAAACAUUCCGUCAUGCUGUUCUUGCAGAUUUCGAUUCUGUCCUUAUCAUUACUGCACAGGGGGCGCAUAGUGCGAAUAUUCAUGGAGACUAUAAGCAAGUUUUAUUAGGGUUUGAUGACAUCAUUCGUACAGUUUCUUGCGAGCUUACAUGCAAAUGCUCGGAUGGAACAGACGCGCAUGCAUCCACGUUGGCAAUUCUUAACACGCUUUCGAGUUACUCAUGGGAAGACAAGUUGGUGAUAUCAUUAGGGGCGUUUGCUAUCAUCUUUGGAGAGUUUUGGCUUGUGGCUGAAUUGUUUGCGACUAAUCCUCUUGCUAAAUCAAUCGCUUUGCUUAAACAUAUGCCAGAUGUUAUCAAGCAUUACAAUAUACUAAAAGCUCGGUUUGAUUCAAUUAAUCAACUGAUUAAGGCUAUGUUGGAUGUGACAAAGUGUAUUAUAACAUUCAAGAAUCUACCUCAUCAAUAUAUCCAGGAUGACCACCCACCCAUGUCAACAGCAACAGCUGAUCAUAUUCCCACUGCCACUUAUUGGUCCAUCAAGAGUAUGGUGGCUUGCACAUCUCAGCUAACAAGCCUUCUAGGCAUGAAUUAUGACAGGUACAUCACAACUACCUCCGAAGCAUGUGAACUUUCAAGCUUGACUCAUAAAGUUCACAACAUUCAUGAGCACCUUAAAUCAAUCCUCGUCCUUUGCUACCAAAACAUAGAGGAAAAGCAACAAGAGGAAUAUCAUCGUACUCGCACACGAAUCAUUGAGGCGCAAAAUGAGGAACAAGCUUCAAUUAAGUUGACUAGGACCUCAAGUGAUGUAGUUAUAUCGCAUCAAUCUCAAACUCGUAAGGAAGUUGGGUCCCAUGAAGAAAACAAAUCCUCUGGCUCUGCAAUCUUACAUAGCCAAUCUAUGACUGACUUUGGCUAUGGUUCUGGCUCUGGCAUCCCACAUAAUCAAUCUAUGAGUGGAUCUGGCUCUGACUUUGGCUCUAGCUCUGUAAUAUCACAAAGCCAAUCUAUGAGUGGCUCUGGCUCUGGCUCUGUAAUCCCACAUAGUCAAACUAUGACCGGCUCUGGCAUCUCACAUAGCCAAUCUAUGAGUGGAUCUGGCUCUGGCUCUGUAAUCCCACAUAGUCAAUCUAUGAACGGCUCUGGCAUCUCACAUAGCCAAUCUAUGAGUGGAUCUAGCUCUGGCUUUGGCUCUAUAAUAUCACAAAAUCAAUCAAUGAGUGGCUCUGGCUCUGGCUCUCUAAUUUCACAUAGCCAAUCUAUGACUGAAUCUGGCUUUGGCUCUGUAAUCUCACAUAGCCAAUCUAUGAAUGACUCUGGCUCUAUAAUCUCACAUAGCCAAUCUAUAAAUGGCUCUGGCUCUGGCUCUGGCUCUGUAAUCUCACAUAGUCAAUCUAUGAGUGGCUCUGGCUCUGGCUCUACAAGCUCACAUCUCCAAUCAAUGAGUGGCUCUAGCUCUGGCUUUGCAAUCUCACAUCGCCAAUCUAUGAGUGGCUCUGGCUCCGCAAUCUCACAUCACCAAUCUAUGAGUGGUUCUGGCUCUAGCUCUGCAAUUUCACAUCGCCAAUCUAUGAGUGGAUCUGGCUCUGUAAUCUCACAUCGACAAUCUAUGAGUGACACUGGCUCUGGCUCUGGCUCUGCAAUCUCACAUCGCCAAUCUAUGAGUGGCUCUGGCUCUGCAAUCUCACAUCACCAAUCUAUGAGUGGUUCUGGAUCUGGCUCUGCAAUUUCACAUCGCCAAUCUAUGAGUGGAUCUGGCUCUGUAAUCUCACAUCGACAAUCUAUAAGUGGCACUGGCUCUGUAAUCUCACAUCAACAAUCUAUGAGUGGCACUGGCUCUGUAAUCUCACAUCGCCAAUCUAUGAAUGACACUAGCACUGGCUCUUUUGGAUAUCCACACCACUCAUACAACAUCACGUUAAUUAGGGAUGGAGAAUCACACUUAAAUACUCGCAUAGAUGUUUUGUCUUGAAGCCAAGUUAUGCUUAUCGAGAUUUUACUGGAAUACGUACCACAUCAAUAUAUUGAUGUUGGAUGACGCUUUCCAAGACAUGCAUAUAUAAUCAAUUACUAUUAAUUAGUUGUUGUUGAUUAAACCUUACGCACGUACAUCAAAUUGUGGAGGUUUGGGCAUAGUAACACCCGCUCGAUUGACAUAAUGAAUGUUCUGAAAUUUGUAUGUUUGGAAUGAAUUUCUGCAUUGGUCUUUCUUUUGAGUUGUGAACUUAAACUUACUUACAUUUGACUAGACUGUACGUGUACCUAAGAAUUUCAAAAUCGUUGUUUGGUAUGAUGGGUAUAUAUUGUUGGAGUAUUAUAUAAAUAUGAAUGCAUUAUUUAUUUA